CCAGACCGGUAACCCCACAGGACUUCAAGUGCGUCGAAGUCCACAGCAAUGGAAUUCAGAUGUGUGGGACAGUGUUGGUGCGCAAUGCAUGUGUUGUUGGAACGUGAACUGUGUGCAGUGAUGUCACGGUGAACUGCAAUUUGCUAGCCAUAAAUGGACUUGCGGAGCAACGAUGUACUUUCUGGGAUUCAAGCACAGCCUGAAAAUGAUUCUGCGUCCAUCUCUCAAACGACCUCAUCUGGACGAGAAGUCAUUUUGUCUUGGAAGAUCCGUUCGCAUCAACCGAAGAGUGGAACUCCGUCAGACACGAUUGAAAAAAAUAUCGCAGCCGGAAAAGAAGCUUCGAUAGCACCUAGUACAAAUGAUGCGGAGGAUCCAAACGUGAAACUGAUAACCUCCGCGUCAACCGUCCCUGGCAAGAAUAAGAAGCGUCGCAGAACUUGGGAAACAUGGACAGCGGCAGCGAAAGAUCUGUUUUUUGAUGCUCUAAAUGAACAUGGAAAGGAUUUCACUGCUAUUCAAAACUUUUUUGCCAUGAAAGUGAAGAAGAAAGCGCUUCCGGCAUCGAUGAUGAAAAACAAAGAACAAGUUCGACACUUCUUCUAUCGAACUUGGACGAAAAUUUCGAAGCUGUUAUGUUUAUCUCUCGACGAUGUUAAAAGAGGAACUCUCGAGCUGUAUGCGCUGAUCAACUACGGCGAGCUGCGUCGGAAAAUAGGAUCGUACUGUGACGACGAAAAGAGUGUUGCUAAAUUAAGUGAGCUCGUGCAGUCGGGAUCAACGAAAGUGAGAAUUAGAGGAAAAACGAUCAGGAUUCGAACGCCGAUGUGUAGAGCUUUGAAGAAGAUAAAUGACAUGGAUGGUAAGCAUGAUUUGGGAUCAUCGGUUCGCCGAGUCAUUGUCCUGACGCUUCUGAUUUCCGACCUUGAAAUCGUUGGAAGGAAUCAGAAGCUACCCGAACUUGUUCAGAUCCAGUUGAGACCAAGAACUGGAGAAGCUUUCGCUAGAGUUCAAAGUCUUGCGCACAACCCUCGAGUGACUGCCAAUGUUAGCAUACAGCGCCGACUGUCUUCCCUUUUGAGAGUUCUACAGAGGAAAUGGCGACCGCUAAAUGUGAAAAAGCGUUUGGAGCUGCUCAACGUCGAUAUGGAACUUACCCCGUUCACGGAAGAGCUGAAAAAGGAACCGAAAAGUUGCAUUCGCUUAUUUCCUCAUCGUGAAGCUAAUUUGUGCGUAGUUAAAGUCGAGGAGAUGGAACAGCCCGCCAAGGUACAAUCGUCGUGUUUGAGUUUGAACAGCCAUCGAGAGCGCUGGAAGGCUGCACAAGCUCAGAAAUUCCCUGAUGAGGAAAAGAGGGUCUCAAAGAAAACUCCCGCGAUUGCCAUUCCAACCGUCGUUGCGGAGCCGGUGAGAGAGGAGUUCAAUCCGGAAGUGGGAACAGACGACGACGAGUAUGAUGGCGACGCUGAUGACGAUGGAGACACCACCCAAAGUGAAGGUCUAUGUUCCAAUUCUGAUGGGGAACACAGCCAGUCGGAGGAUGUGAAAAGCGAUUCAUUUUUCGGUGUCUCGUCGGAAAUUACCAGCAAGACGGAGAUAUGCUUGUCAGUUGGCAGCUCAGCAGCGAAUGACAGUGUUAUAAAGAAGUUCAGCAAUCCGAACGUUCCUUAUGAGGAUGAGUCGCAUGUGCCCGAUACUUCGAACGAUGUCAACAUGAACUCAUUUCUUAGUUUCAUUAAACUUGGUACGAAAGCGGAAAGCAAUAUCACUGAAUUCAUAGCGCGGCAUAAAGCUGAACUGCCAUCAAAUGAGCUCAAGGAAGUGACUCCGAAAGCCGAAUUGACUGAGGAAGAAUUGGCAGAAUGUGAACGAGUUAACAGAUUCAAAGUGGACGGUUGGGAUUUGGAUGCGGCCAAACUGAUGACUAUCGGGGAACUUUAUCUCUUGUUCGGUAAGCCGAAGAAAGUGUUGAUGGAGUACGAAUUCGUGAAUUCAACCAUCGAGUCCACUGGAAACUGUGAUAUCAGGGACCUUCCAAGUUCCCAUCCCAGGCGGCUGUUGAAGAGGUUGAUCGAUUUUGCUGCGUUCUCACUUCGGAAAUCGAAGGAAAUGAAGGAAUCUCAGAAAAGCAGUGGAACCGUAGUUCCCUUGCCACACAGUCCUACUCCACCAGCAGCUUCGCUUACUAAGAAGAAACCUAAAUUGGCUGUUGAAACCGAGAAGCAACCGCAACUGCCUCCAGAUCCACCCUCUGCGAUCGUUAGCACAAGUCGUAUAUCACAAGACGAAUUUCUUUUCCGAGUGCCUUUGCCUAAUCCACUACGGAAUCAGAGUGUUCCCGACAAGCGCCCUGAAGUGAUCCUCAAACCUCAGUUCAAAAAGCUGAAGAAGGCUGAAAUGAUUGUUCGUCGUAUUGUGCCUGUGGAAAAUCCUCUCAAUCCUGCUCCCCGGCGUCCGCCCGCGAGGAAGCCAAAAAAGAUUUCUUUCCACCAAGCAGUGUUGAACUCGGACAGUAAUGUGGUAUGGAAAGCUAGUGAUGAUACGCCGCCGGCGGCGGCGCAACGGAUGAACGAAGCGCUGAGUGUGAUCUUUCCAAAAAUGCCCGCGUUGGAAGCAAGCAGUUCGAACACAGCGAGCAAAGUUAAAGAAAAGGGCAACGGGGCGAUAGAGAUGUCGUUUCCAAUCGACUACGGGAUGCGGAAAGUGGUGCUCGACGGAUUGCAGAGAACUUCGGAUAUUCCUGCAGCUGCAGAAGAAAGCAGUUAUGGUAAUCGAACGCCAGCUUCACCAUCGGCAAUAAGCCUGCUUAUGGACAUCAGCUUCCCAGACUCCGAGGUUGCAUUAGCUUCCCAGAUCAUGGCGAGUCCGAGAUCGAUGUCCCCUGUAGCUUCGAGUUCAUCGUGUACGAAUUUCAGCAGCUUUACUGGUCUCAUCCGGUCUUUGUCGGACUCGUUCGAAAAUCCGAUUGGUUCUGAAGUUGAUGGGAAUCUAACGCUUACACGAACUUGUGAGAACGUCUGCGAUUCUGGAACAUCAGCUGUGGAAAUUCUUCCUACCUCCAGCGGUCCAUCUGGAUUAGACGAAGCUGCUAUAUUGGCCGAAUUCUGUCCUCCACAUGUAUCACCUUUGAGCCCGUCGCAAGUCCUACACCAAUCUGAUAACCAGUGGCUCGCUUCUGAAGUGAUGGAUGAAUCACUCGGAAGUUUGCUGGGACACCUGGAUAACUUCCUCAAACCUGCUUCUGGCGGGGCUUCAGAUGGACUUUGAACUUAUUUUCUCGAAUACCGUUUUUCAAAGUAUGGAAAUAUUUUAGAGAAUAGGCGACGAGAUUGAAGGUUCAGUCAUUAAAAAUCGAAACCAAUGUGUUCAAUCUACUCAAAAAGUUGAAUUUAGAUUCUCAAGCUAACUGAACAGGAAGAGGGAAAAACUACAUUCAAACUUCUAAAAGCAACGCAAUUUUAGUGCAAUUUGUGAUUGCCUUCUAUACCUUUGUACUGACCCUUGUUGAAUAAUUUGACAAUUUCCUUCAAUUUAAAGACGGAAGGCCUUGAGAAAACGUGACUGCAAGAUCUCGGAAUGAAAAGGAAGUCUUGACACGAAUGUGGCGCAUUUCUAUGCUUCUUUUCAAUAUUCUCUCCAUUUGUAAGUUUUUUUUAGUCUAUUUUGAGUGGUGUUGAAUUGUAUCCGAAACGUUUUGAUGUAACAUGUAUUCCAGAUUGAACAAUGAAUUGCUGUAACAAUUCAUUCAAAAUAUAACCUUGUGCUUCCGAGAUUUUAAAUGUCAUAUCAUUCACGCCAACGAUAACGUACUUGAAAUAAAAAGGGUCUGGGUUAAAAAGGCACUGGCCGCAAAUUUUAUACCACAGAUAUGAGCGGAGACAGUAAGCUCAGAACGCGUACGCGUUGAUGAGACUUGAAUUUUUCUCAAAGUCCAUCUGGCAUCUGUAGAGGUUUGGGUGUUUCCCACGGAAAAGACGGGUUACCGAAGUGGCCGUACUUGGCAGUUUUAAAGUAAAUUGGUCUAGUUAGACCUAAAUCUCUGAUGAUAGCUCCUGGGCGCAAAUCGAAAUUGUGUCGAACGAUUCGCUGCAAGUCAGCUUGCGUCAGUCCUGUUUUAGACGUGCCGAAGUGGAAGACUGUGAUACUGACUGGCUCAGGGAUGGCUAUGGCGUAGGACACUUGGAUCAGACAACGACGACAUAAUCCGGCAGCAAUCAAGGACUUCGCCACCCAGCGAGCUGCAUAUGCGCCUGACCUAUCAACCUACGCGUUGGACAGAUGAAAGACCGGUCUAUUUGAAUCGGACGCAGUUAACGUUUCCUAUUACAUUGUUGCAUUUCAGCGGAACUACAAGCAGUUUUUGAACGAAUCAA